GCGAGCUUCAGCGCCCUACGCCGCAUUGACAGGCGACCCCUGUACCAAUGACAUACGCUAAUUGGCCCCCGCAAAAUUGAACUUCCAAAUUGAAUGCAGCCUCGUCCUAAUCUUCCGACCUUUGAAGCUCGGUCGGCAAGAAGACGUUUGCGACAAUCACCUUCGGUACUUUGCACUUGAGCAUAUCAACAUUCAGAGUCUUCAAACUACCUCCCCAUCAACCGAACUCCACAUCUCUAGUCAACACCAACCUACAUCAUCGCUGAACAUAACAUUACCACACACCACACACCACCAUGGCAGCCGAGCAAAGAAAGCUGCUCGAGCAGCUCAUGGGCAACCCCAUCUCCUCGCGCAGCUCCCAACUCUCCCUGACCGACCCCAAGGUGUGCCGCUCUUUCCUCGCCGGCACCUGCCCGCAUGACCUCUUCACCAACACCAAGCAAGACCUCGGUCCCUGCCCCAAAGUGCACGCCGAAGGCUUGAAAGCCGAAUACGAAUCUCUCCCCGAGCCGGCACGCCAAAAGUACGGCUUCGAAUACGACUAUAUGCGGGACCUCCAAAAGUACAUCGACGAGUGCAACCGACGCAUCGAUGCAGCGCAGAGGCGCCUCGAGAAGACGCCCGACGAAAUCCGACAGACUAACGUGCUGCUCAAGCAAAUCGCCGAGCUCGGCGCGAGCGUGGAUUGUGGGCUCGAGGAGAUCCGGGUGCUGGGGGAGAUGGGCGAGGUCAGUCGUGCGUAUGACGAGUUCUUUAAGUGUCGGCAGGCGGCGCAGACGAAGCUCGAACGCGAGAGGGAGCUCAAGGCGUUGUCGGAUACUUCGGGGCCGAGCGGGCAUCAGAAGUUGCAGGUUUGCGAUGUGUGUGGUGCGUAUUUGUCGAGGUUGGAUAAUGAUCGGAGAUUGGCGGAUCACUUUUAUGGAAAAAUGCAUUUGGGAUAUGCGCAGAUGCGGAAGACGUAUGAUGCUUUCCCCAAGGAGAUGAAGGGCCGACAGAGACAGGGUAUGGGCAUGGAUGACGGCAUGGGAGGUCGUGAUGAUAGCUACGGUGGCGAUGGAAGCUGGAAGGGUGGUCCGAGAGGGCCUAGGAGAGGUGGCUUCGGUGGUGGUGGACGUGGACGGGGUUUCAGAGGAGGCUGGUGAGAGGCUCUAUGACAGAUUGAAGACGAAGCUCUCGAUACUUCACGCCUGCGAUCGGCAUUUUCUUCAAGAGAUCACGCGCUGGACAGACGUCGACAUUUGCGCCUGGCUCUACAAUCCAGUAAGUCG